AUGUUUACACUUAAUGCGUCAAUUGUUCAAGGAAAUUCUUGGAUUAAUACCCAUGUAUCAUUAGAUUCUUGGAUUCCUACAGCAAGUACUCAUUUCGUAAGUUUCAUACCCAUGUUGACACUUAAUGCGUCAAUUGUUCAAGGAAAUUCUUGGAUUAAUACCCAUGUGUCUUGGAUUUCUACUGCAGGUACUCAUUCUGUAGAAGUCGAAGUCCUGUUCCAAGUAGAUAUGGAAGAAGUUCAAGUAAGGAUAUCUGGAGUCGAAGUCAUGGACGCAGCAGAAGUCCUGAUAGAAGCUCUAGGAACUUAUCCGUAA